UCUCCUUUAUUAAGCCACAACCACUCGUUGGAAAAACCAUAAAAAAGAAAAAGAGAAAACAAUGGAAGAAGAAGAAGCAAGAGCUUCGGUGGACAUAUGGAGAUAUGUGUUCGGAUUCACUGACAUGGCCGUAGUGAAGUGUGCCAUCGAGCUCAAAAUUCCAGAAGCUGUCGAGAGCCAUCCGGCACAGCCCGUCACUUUAGCCGACCUCUCAGCCGCAGUCGCUUGCUCUCCGCCGCUCCUCGGCCGUAUCAUGAGGUUUCUUUCCCACCAAGGCAUCUUUAAAGAAGUUAUUACCAAAGAUGGCAUUGUCGGAUACUUGAGCACACCUCUCUCUCGCCUCAUGAUGGGCUCGAACCGUGUCAACAAAUCACUGGCUCCUUUGAUUCUCAUGGAGAGCAGCCCCGUGAUGCUAGCGCCGUGGCUGAAGCUGAGUGCCGUCGUCUCCAAUGCUUCCGCCGAUGAGGGCUCCCAGCCCUUCGAGGCAGAGCAUGGGAAGGAUCUGUGGGGCUACUGUGCAGAGGAUCCGAUCCACAGCGAGGUGUUCAACGAGGCGAUGGCUUGCGACACAAGGCGCGUGGUGCCGGCUGUAGCCGGGGCGUGUGCUGACGUGUUCGAGGGGGUGUCGACGGUGGUCGACGUUGGUGGCGGGAAAGGUGACGCACUGGGGGUUAUGGUGAAGGCGUUUCCAUGGAUCAAAGGCUUAAACUUCGAUCUGCCUCAUGUCGUUGAAACUGCUCUAAAGUUUGAUGGCGUUGAGAACGUUGGAGGCGAUAUGUUCGAGCGUGUUCCUAACGCCGACGUGGUUUUCAUCAAGUGGGUUUUACACGAUUGGGACGAUGAAGCAUGCAUAAAGUUACUGAAGAAAUGCAAAGAAGCAGUUCCUAAAGAGAAAGGGAAAGUGGUAAUAGUGGAAGCUGUGUUGGGAAAUAAGAAGGGCGACAAGUUAGAGUAUGCGAGACUGAUGCUGGAUAUGGUGAUGAUUGCUCAUACGACCAAAGGCAAAGAACGGACAAUGGAGGAAUGGGAUUAUGUUCUUACAGAAGCUGGAUUUGUUCGGUAUGAAGUGCGAGACAUUAACGAUGUUCAGUCUGUCAUCAUCGCCUACGUUUCUUAGCAUAAGGAAGAGAGACUCGUGCAUGAAGACGAACGUGAAGAGAAAAUCAUGCAGAUCCCUAAUGUGCCCUCGAAAUAAAAUAAAAUAAAAACUCAAAGUUGGUCGUUUUCACAAAUUAAUAUAAUUAAAAUCCAUUAUGCUUUCA